AUGAAUUAUCCUUGUUAUACUUAUUCAUCGUCAUAUGGAUCUGGAAGACCUAGGGAUGAAAUUUAUUCCAUAUUCCAACGUCAUGGGAAUUCAUUAAUUGAGCAAGAGACAAAGGCCUAUCGUGCGAUCGAGGAAUGGAGUGCCAGUCUGAUACUUCAAAUAAGAGAAUAUGCAUCCCAACAACAACGUCUUCUUCGACACGCUUAUGAAAAACAACGAAAAUACUUUGAGGAUCUGCGUGGUCAGUUCGUUGAAACCAGUUUUAUCUAUGAACAGAAUAAGAAUACUGAAGAAAUUAAUCGACUUCUUGAAAAAUGUAAAACUUUAGAAGUAGAAUUAGUUAAAGUAAACUAUCCUACAAGAGACACACCAUUUAUUGAAGUUAUACCAGUAGAACCGUCAGAACAAAUGAAUCAUAAAAAACUCAAUCAAAAUAAAACAGCAAAUGGAGAAUUUGAAAAGCCACUAAUACAAAAGGAUGCAACUGAAUCGUUGCUUGGUAGACGAGACUUUGACGUUAACUCAUAUUCGAACUCAACGUAUGCAACUUCAAAUCCAAUAAAUCAAACAUCGGCGAAUACUUCUGUUAUUUCCACAAGUGAUAAUGAUUAUAAUAAUCCAAAAGCAUCUGGUACUGACGAUGAUAAAUUGAACGAUAAAUGUCCGGUAUGUUACAUGAUAUUUCCACGUCACAUGUCAACAGAUCUUCGAUCAAUUCAUGUGGAAAAACAUUAUGAGGAUAAUUGA